AAAUAAUGUGGAAUAGGAGGAAGAUUAUUAGGAUUGAUAGUUUAAAAGAUGUUGAUUAAUACAAUUAAUUAAUACUAUUUGUACAAUCAUAUAUGACUAUAAAUAAUGCACAUGUUGACUUUUCAACCUAAUUUACCCUAUACGCACGUACAUAUGUAACGUAUAUACUCAUAAACUUGUACAAGGAAACUCAUUAAACAUCGAUAUUGCCUACCAUAUUUACUCGCACAUGCGUAUACUCGUAUAUAUAGCGUCCAGAUACAUUCCAUCCGGAGAUUUUCGUUCAAGGAAACCCGGAAACUAACUUAAACGUGCGAAGCUUGGGGAUAAAAAUCAGCCUGCGCGUAAAAAUUGGAUCGCAUAAACUCAAACACUUAACCAACCGGAUGAUAUACACAGCCUAGGGUAUCCCCUUAUCGGUAUAAAUAUGUUCUCAUUGGCCUGCAGUUUCUCCAUUCAACACUUCGGCCGACUGAGAGAAAGCGAACGAAGCAAGAAGCGCUGAAAACGAUGAAACGAGGGAUAAAUCGUUUGCCGGAGUCUUGCCGGACUGAUCUUCACGUCGAAAACCCGAAGCAAAGCUGACGUAUCACAUCCUUCCAGUCCAUUGCCGAUCUUCACCAUCUUCAAACACGCCGCCUUGCCACUCGUCCGUUGCUGCAGUAAAGGUGAUUUGUGGUGAAAGAUGGAGGUAGAAGAAUUUUGCUAGGAGUACUUGAAGUUUGAGGUAAGUUUCAUUGCAACCAAAAUUAUACCUUUUACCUCGUAAUUAUUUUGAAUGUUUUAAUGUACAAUUUGAGUAAUGUAUUUAUGUGUAUUAAAUUUGAGUAAAUGUUAUUCUAUAUGAAGUUGUUUGUACUUGAUAUAUUGGUUUGUUAUUAUUGGAUUUUGAUACAAGUUAUUGUAUAUGAUUUUUGGGAGAUUUUCUAUUGGUGAAUAUUUUGGUGCUGUUGUGAGUAAAUUGGAUUUUGAGAAAAUAUAUGGGAAUUUUAGCGUAUUUUGAAAGAUACGAACUUUUGAUUGAAUUUUGAAAAAAACAAAGAAAAGUUAAUAUUUUUAAUGGUGACACUAAUGUCUAUAAGACAUAAAUAUUGAUUUUUGACAAAAACAAGAUAAAAGACUGUUUUCAUAAUUGGGGCACCACGGGAGAAAUCCGUAGGUGUCGGGCCACCUUCACGUCCGUUAAUGGUGAGGGAGGGUUAGGACUACUACUACUUGAAUUGAGAGGUGUGAAACAAACUAAAUGAAUUUUGGAGGGUUCGGUAACCAUCCCGAACAACUGGGCAUUAGAUCCCUUUUUAUUAGAGCAGUAGUAGUAGUACCUAUUCUCUUAAGGGUCUUUGAACCUAGAACUUAGGGAGCAUAUCCCAUUUGGAGUAGAGAGACGUUGACGUCAGAACUACUUAGACUUCAUACUACUCGGAGGGCUUGGAAUCCCUUUAGGGGGUGUGCACACUUAAGGUAGAAGUCUAGAUUCUAAUAGAGGAGAUGUGGUACCGAGAGCAGAUCGGAGUGACCGUACAAAACAACGGAUCACUGGGCUCAAGAAUCGAGAUAACGCUUGAGCACCGCCCUUCUAAAUGAACUAGGAGAAUUAGCUAUAAAGCUAUUUUGAGGUAAAUCAAAUGUUUUGGUAUUUUAUAAAUUGUGAAUUACUUAAGUACAAAUACUGGUGAUAUUGGUUUGGAAAACAUAUUUGUGGAUAUUGAUUAUGUGUUUUGUAAGGAUUGUGAUAAAGUGAUUAAGUGAGUUUUGAGAUGGAUAUUUGGAGUUGUGUAUAUGAUAUAUGCUUUGGAAUAUUUAUGAGAGUUUUUAUUACAUUUUCUAAUGUUGGAAUUAUUAUGAUUUGGAAUAUUAUUAUUUUACAUAUGAAUUAUGUUAUGAGGAUUUAUUAUAAAUAUUGUUUUACUUAUGAUUGGUAUGAAUGUUUUGAAAAGAUUUUCCUCCCAAAUCUUUUGCAAAAAUUUUAUAUAUGUAUCAAACGUGAUUAUUUUACGGGGUUGGGUGGGACUUACUUAGCAUUUCCGGCUAAUUUUUGUUUCUUGUUUUUCUUUCUUUUUCUGCACCUUAUUUGUGCAGGAGAUAAAGCUUGAGUAUCUAUUUGAUGACGAUGUUGAUUCGAGAGAGAUUCCGCUAGAACACCUAAUUAGUAAAUCAUUGUAAUUCAAUUUUUCAAUAUCUUUAGUUAGUGAAUAUCUGUUUUUGGAGUUAAGUUGUUUUAGCCUGUGCACUCGGUUAGGGAAGAGCCGAGUGUGGCGGUAACGCCCCUAUUUCCCUUUUGGUUUUCGCUGCAUAACUCUGAUGUUUUUCAAAUAAAGUUGAUAUUUCUUUUUAAUAAAGUAUUAUUUUCGGGUGGGAAAUUUGGGGGUGUUACAUGGAGACAUCAGAAUCACUUUGAAGAGAGAGUGUUACAAUUGUGGUAACGCUGGCCAUUUCAUUAAGGAUUGCCCUAACCCUAAGAAGACCGAGCAUGCUAGUGUAGCUGUUGAUAGAUGUGACCUUGGUGAUAUUUUGAUGGUUUGUGACCAUGUUAAUUCUGUGAGAAAUUCUCUGUCUGAGCAUGAAUGGUUGAUUGACUCUGGUUGUACCUAUCACAUGUCCCCUUUUAGAGAUUUGUUUUCUACAUAUGAAUUAUGUGAUAGUGGCUACGUUUCCUUAGCUGAUAAUAAGAGAUGCAAUGUGCUUGGUGUUGGUGAUAUAUGUCUGAAGUUUUCUUGUGGCUCUGUGUUUACCAUUAAGAAUGUGAGGCAUGUCCCUGAUUUGUAUCAUAACUUGUUAUCUGUUGUUGCUUUGGAGAGUAGUGGUUUACAGGGAAAGUGGGGGAAUGGUUGCAUGAAAAUUUUGAAAAAUUCCCUUGUUUUGUUCAAAGCUGAGAAGGUGAAUAACCUUUAUGUGUGUCAU